AUGCAUUCUCCCAGUGAGCCUUUUUCUCUUCAUGGCGGCUGCCAUUGUGCUGCUGUUCGCUACAUAAUCACAUUUCCUGGGUAUGAGCAGAGGCCGGUCCUGAAUCCAAACCACCCUCCAGGGCAACCUGAUAUCAAAGCUCCAUUGUUAUGUUUCGACCACUGUAGCGACUGCCGAAGUGCCUCUGGGGUCCCUGUUCAGAUUUGGAACAUAUGUCCACAAGAAUUCAUCACAUUUUCAUUACUCCGUCGGUCCAAUGAUUCUUCCUUCGAUGCAGUUGGAGUAGAGGAAGACGGCGCGAAAAUUAUUCUCACUGGAGACCAACUGGUGUACCCGAAUGAGGUCACCAAGGACACUUAUUUGACUCAUUAUGCUUCUUCAAAAUCGGUAUGGCGCACGUUCUGUUCCCGCUGUGGUACCAAUAUAUCGUUUGUGGCUUUCGAAGAGGAGGGGUCGGAGACUCUAAUGGAUAUCGGGGUGGGGACGUUGGACCGCAGCAGUAUCGACCUGGUCGGGACGCCGCACCGCCAUAUUUGGUGGAAUUCUGGGAUCGAUUGGGUCAAGAAACUUAUUGCGGAGGGCGAUGGGACUGCCUCAAACCAUGCGAUACCCAAGCAUCCUGGAGGAAAUAUCUAUGAAAUACUCUAA